AUGGGCUGUGGCUCCUGGCUCUGGCUCCUCGUCUCUCUUGGUCACAUCUGGGGUAUGACCCACGGAGUGGGGGAGAUGGUGCUGGGGACCUUAGGAAAAAGGACAAUCUUGAGGGUCCCUCCUGAACUCCAGAACCUCACCGUGAGCUCUGGGGAAGCCGUCUGGAGACGGGACACAGAGGAUCCAGGCAGCAAGGUGGUCCUCCUCAAAUACCUGGAUGGCCACUUCACCAACUACAUGGAGGGAUGGAUUCGCUUCCACAAGGUGGAUUUCUCCCUGGAGAUCCUGAACACCACCCGGCGGGACAGGCAGUGCUACGAGUACAUGGUCACCAAGGGGCCGGAGCAGAAGGUCUGGCAGAUCCAGCUGGAGGUGUAUGAGCCUGUGUCCAACCCCAGCAUCCAACUCCUCAGACAGGACCUGACCAAUGGCAGCUGCACCAUCACCCUCAACUGCACAGCAGAGCAAGGGGACAACAUCUCCUACACCUGGGGGACCCAAGACCCCAGCACCCUGGGGCUUUGCUCGGGCACUGGCAGCCUCCUGCACCUCUCUUACCCCCUGCAGAACAGGAGCAUCUCCUGCCUUUGCAAUGUCACCAACCCUGUCAGCAGCUGGCUUGUCACCUUCAACACCUCUGGGUGCAGCUCUGAGCAAGGGGGCAGUGCCAGGCUGAGGAUGGAGCAUCUGGUGCUGCUGGUGGCAGUGCCCAUGGCAGCAGUGCUGCUCCUCACCAUCCUUGUGGGUGCCCGUCGGGCCGUGCCCCUUGCCCCAGCAACUGAUCAGCUCAGCAUCAGGACCCCCCAGCUGGCCCAGCAGAGCCCUGUGCACACCAUCUACUCCCAAAGUCCAGAGGGUGCAGAAGCCAAAAGGGAUCCCUACCACUCAGCACCCAUCCUGCACCCCCAUCUUACACUCCAGCCUCUGGGCCAGUCCCUGGAACACAGCCCCCAGCACUGGACACGUUCCCCCAGCCACAGAGCCCCAGCAAGGAGCCCAGCACAGUUGUAUGGCCAGUGUGAUGCUGCCCAAGGCCUGAACCUCUCCAGGCAUUCAGCUCAGCUUCUGCUCCCCAACAUCCACCUUUCCCAGCUGGAGAAAAAACCCCACUGCACCCUUAGGGAACGGGGACAAAACCUUUCUGACCUGCACAAGAGCUGAGCUGGGGCUGCAACGUUUGC